GCCAUGCCCGGCCCGGCCGCCGGGAGCAGGGCCCGAGUCUACGCCGAGGUGAACAGCCUGAGGAGCCGCGAGUACUGGGACUACGAGGCGCACGUCCCGAGCUGGGGUAAUCAGGACGAUUACCAACUGGUUCGGAAACUUGGUCGAGGAAAAUAUAGUGAAGUGUUUGAGGCCAUUAACAUCACCAACAAUGAGAGAGUGGUUGUAAAAAUUCUCAAGCCAGUGAAGAAAAAGAAGAUAAAACGAGAGGUUAAGAUUCUGGAAAAUCUUCGAGGUGGAACAAAUAUCAUUAAGCUCAUUGACACUGUGAAAGACCCGGUGUCAAAGACUCCAGCUUUGGUGUUUGAAUACAUCAACAAUACAGAUUUUAAGCAACUAUACCAGAUCCUUACAGACUUUGAUAUCCGGUUUUAUAUGUAUGAACUGCUUAAGGCCCUGGAUUACUGUCACAGCAUGGGAAUCAUGCACAGAGAUGUCAAACCUCACAACGUUAUGAUAGAUCACCAACAGAAAAAGCUUCGACUGAUAGACUGGGGGCUGGCAGAAUUUUACCAUCCUGCUCAGGAGUAUAAUGUGCGUGUGGCCUCUAGGUACUUCAAAGGGCCAGAGCUCCUUGUGGACUACCAGAUGUAUGACUACAGUCUGGACAUGUGGAGCUUAGGCUGUAUGCUGGCCAGCAUGAUCUUCCGAAAGGAGCCCUUCUUCCAUGGCCAAGACAACUACGACCAGCUUGUCCGAAUUGCCAAAGUCCUUGGUACAGAUGAGUUAUAUGGAUAUCUGAAGAAGUACCACAUAGACCUGGACCCACAUUUCAACGAUAUCCUGGGGCAACACUCUCGAAAACGCUGGGAAAACUUCAUCCAUAGUGAGAAUAGACAUCUCGUCAGUCCCGAGGCCUUGGACCUUCUGGACAAGCUUCUGCGCUAUGACCAUCAACAAAGGCUGACCGCCAAAGAGGCCAUGGAACACCCUUAUUUCUACCCUGUGGUGAAGGAGCAGUCCCAGCCAAGCUCAGAAAAUUCUGUGCUCUCCAGUGGUCUCACAGCAGCACGAUGAAGACUGGAAAACGACGGGUCUGAUGCUGUUUCUCCCACUCUUCCAUAAGCAGAACAAGAACCAAAUCAAACGUCUUAAAAACGUGCGUACACAGACCACGUGCAGCGGCCAGACACGUUACGUGACAGGUUACGAGAGCAGGAAUCACACCAGCUGAAUGGCAACCAACAGUCUGUAAAACAAACCUUACUUAUGAAUGUAAAAGGUUCAUCCGCCUUUGACUUCCUGUUGACUUCCUUCUGACCCAGAAAGCAUGGAAAAUGUGAAGGGUAUGCAAAAUGGUUAUUGGUUAAUGUUAUUCCCCCACUUCCUAUGUCCCCACCUCAACCCGUUGACCUUUGGUUCUGUGGUCCCCCCCUCUUCCCCAGCAAACUGUAUUAACUAGCUGGCCACAAACUCCACAGUGGGGAAAUGGGGGGAAAUAUAUGGCAUGAUGGACAGUUAUAUAUUAUAAUUAAAAAACUAUAUAUUAU